AGAUUAGUCACGUGAUCUCUUUCUUUUCAGGAAGAGGCUUGGCGUUUGUGCGCGUGGGGAAGUUGUGUUAGUGUAAUUUAGUGUUUUAUAUUUUAAUAUUAACAUGGCUGACGAAAUGCAACAAGAUGAAGGAUAUGAAAAGUUUGAAGAACAACAAAAUGGUAAUGCAGAAAAUACAGAAGAUAAUUCAGAAAACCAACAGAUGGCGGUUGACGAAGACGACGAUGGGGAUGAUGACAGGUGAGUUUUUUUUUUUUUUAUCUUUCCGAGGUGCAUGCCGUGCAAUACAAAUUAGGGUAUUUUGAAAACGAGGCUAGACUCCGAAACUUUCCCUUAUUCACAAGCCUUCGUCUCUUUAUUCCAAUUGCAACUAAAAAUUCCCAUUAACAUAUUUAACAUUUAAAAGUUCUAGUUGUUGUCAACCAUACAUCACUUAGACCCUGUGCGUGGGAAUUCAUUUUUGACAACUUAACUAUACAUAUUAUAGCGCCAAGUUUCAAGACAAAAUCCUUUUAUAACGAUAACCGCGUUCAAUCGUGGUGCUGGGCUAAAAUGGCUUCUUUGAGGCUCAGAAAAAAUACUGCUGUGGCUAGAGUAUGGAGACUAGAAUAACGUUUAAGAUUACAAUCUUUCGGUCAGCUUUUUUUUAAACAGAUUAACCCAACUACUAAAAUAAAAAAACAACCUAGUAUUUAAUAUAAUUUAACAAAAGGCUAUAAUCAUGAAUAAUUCCAGGGCCAGGUACUAUUCUGAUUUUUGUUGAAUUCAGCAAUCUGUCAAUCUGGUUCAGAUGGACAUAUUUUAUAGAAUCUUGAAAAUAUUCAUUAUAGUCCUAUUUAUGUGUUCACUUUUAUCAGUAACUCACAUUGUCAGAAUUAUUGACAAUUCUUUUUUUUUUACUUUAAGGUUAUUUCUUAGAGCUGUUUGUAUGAAUAUACUAGGGGCUAGUGAUAGUCGACAGCCACACUUUUUAAGUUGUGAGCAAUUACUACAUUGAUCUUUAAAUGUGUAUUCUUUUUACAUAAGCUUAAACCAUUCUGAAACAUUCAUUUAAAAAAGAAAAAAUCUUUAUCACAUAACUUUAGAUAGGUAGGCCUUACUUUGGUAAAUCAGUUUUCAACUCGUGUUGGUAAAUUAGUUUUCAUCUCAUGGCAAAUUCUUGCAGUUACAUGCCCCUUGUUCAACUUUUUGUUCACUUCAAAAUGUAAACAUUGCAUAUGAAUAUGUAUUGGUAUUGGAGAAAAAUGCGGUUGCUGUCAUUGUCAUAUUUGUUAAAUAGGUUUUAUCACAUAUUUUAGAGAAUUGGGUUGAUUUUGUAUUAGCUGUACAGCUAGCAAUGUAUAUAGGUCACAGAGUUUCCCCCAGGUCAACUAUCGUCUACAGUGUCAAACUAAAAAGAUUUCGAGGUUUAUAAUCAUACUUUUUUGUUUUCUUAUUUUAUAUUUUUGAAAUUGAGGGAGGGGUUCUGGGGCAUGGUCUCCCCUCUUUUUUUCUCAGAUUUCUUUCUCAUUUUGUAUUUACAUUGGGGGGAGGGGUUGGGGAACCCAGUCCAUAGAUCAUUCGAAAUGCAAUUUAGAUCAUUCCAAAUGCAAUUUAAGCAGUACUGUACAGUACAGUAGUCUCCCUUUUGUUACCGAAGUUUUAACAUCGAUUUUUCAACUAAACAGAGAAAAGCUCUUUUUUCCACUGGUCUUGGGGUAUCAAGGAUAUGUUUCUUUUUUCCCUUUUCUUUUGAAAUGUGUAAGUUAUAAUUUUAAUACACAUUAAUUGAAAAUUUCAUUUGAAUAUACUUCAUAUUAACUGUAUCGUAUAUGAUGCGAAUAUGUUCAGUAAGGAACAGAAAUAUCACACAUGUGACAUUGUUCCGGUCCUACAAAUAAUAGGUCUAUUCACCCCUAGCCCUGUUUUGGGAUUCCUCAAAGUGAUGUCACUGCGCUUAGGGUUAGACAGCUCUUGUCAAAACCCAUACCGUUAACCCGAAAUUUACAUAGAAUUUGAUACAGAACAAUGCUGUCUCCCGGUUUUAAAUUUAGAAUUUUGUUGUAAAAUAUAUCAAGUUUAACUAUGCUAAGUCUGUUUAAUUUCUCAAACAUUCUCCACCAAUUGUGAUUUUCAUGAUAAUCACUGUUUAAAGCAUCCAACUAUCUACAAGAAUGGGCCAUUAAAAAUAUCCCUAAACUGCUCCAUAUUUUUGUAAAUUUUCAAAAGUCUCCACAUGGGUAUUUCCUUCCUGAAUUAUAAAACAUUUUCAUAAAUGUAGCCCUGUCCACCUCAGCAAAUAAUUUUUUAAAUCUUAAGUAAUAGGAUUACUGAACAAAGUUAAAAACACUAUUUUAAGUUGAGAUAAGUAUUAUUAAGAAGUCAAAUGAAUAGAUAUUUAAUUGACUUUAUUUAAAUAGUGAAACUUCCACUCCUAUAUAAAUGGCUUUUUUUAGAAGUUUGGCCUAUUUCACUUCACAUCUGUUGUAGAGAAAUAGGAAGAAAAAUUUAUAUCUUCAUAGUAAAAUAGAUUUACAAUUAAGAUUUCUUUAGUAUUUUUAAAUAUUUUAUUUAAAGACCUAUGGCUAAAGUUGCCAUAUAAAUAAAUAUAUAUUGCAAUUUGUUGGAAAUAGUUGAAGCAGCACAAGUCUUUUGUACAAUUGUUGGGCUUCUGUGAAAAACUAAUGCUGCACUUAGCAAAAAGAGUAAUGAAUGAAAGAAACCCCCAAGUCUCUAAUAUGAUCUGAAUAUUGUAAAUUUUUUAUUUUAUCACAUUUUGAUUUUGCUCUCUAAAUUUAAAAUAAAUUAAAUUUUUAAGGGACAUGAGUUUACCCAUCAAUAAGCUAUUAGGUUUUGUUUCUCAUUUUAAUACGAAAAAUUUGAUACACAUGACUAUAUUUUGUUGAAUAAUGUUCAUGUUGUGUUCAUAUUCAAAUAUGAAAAAUGGAAUUUUGACAGCUCAUUUUGAAUUUGAAUGAGCUCAUCUCGAGUACCCCGAAAUUUAUUAUAAGAUGUCUUAUCUUCAUCAAUUCCUUAAAUAACUACAGUUUACUGCUCUUAUAAACAUAUCUCAAAUCUCUUACCCAGUUUUUUUAUUAACUUCAAAAUUUUCCUUCAUGUCUCAAUUAAGAGAGUUAUCCCAAAAUAAUUUACGAGGGGAAAAAAUACUUACUUAAUUUUCAGUUUCUCUUUAAACAUUGUCUACAGAGCCACAUUUGGUGGGUUAUUUUCACUUAAAGUUUAACCCAAACUUACAAUGUCUUUAAAUCUGUUGCUUACCUAUUUUUAGAAUUGACAUCUCUUCCAUUCAAAUUUUGAUACCAUAGCUUGUUACCAGGCCUUGCAUCUUGUGCAGGAUUCUGUACUUAAUGUCUGCAAAGUGCUGGAAAACCUAUAGUUAGUGCUUACCAUACUGAAUAAACAAUUUGCACUUGCAUAAGUGUGUGUGUAUGUAUAUAUAUAUAUAUGUGUGUGUGUGCAUGUAUAUAUGUAUACCGGUACAUAUGUUUAUACAAUUUUAGCGCAUCCUUUUGAGAUUGUUCAAAAGUGGGUUUGGUAUGAAAUUAAUUUUGUUUUGACAAAGAAAUUUUAUUUAAAAGGUCUCAAUUGCAUGGGGAGCUAUCUCUACCUCUAUGCAUCAAACUCAAACCCUCUCUAGAGCUUAGUUUGUGUUCAUUUUUUUUUUUUCAUUUGUUGUUGGUGAAAUGUUACUUCAGUAGUGAACAAUAUUUUUUAAAAUGCCGGGAAUCACACCCCAAAGGCCAAGUUUUACACACUGCAUGAAUGAAAAGCCUGUAAUUUAAGGCCAAAGCAACAGAGGUAUUUUACUGGUUUUUUCAGACAUGGUUUUGUCAUGUGACCAGCCAAAUUUAAGCAUGCAUUUAUGUGCUGUACUAUUUGUAUAAAUUUGUGGUGUUUGCCAGGGGACACCAAGAAAGUAGGACAAAGUCCUGUACAGGGUACUUUUCAAUGUUAUUACUAGAUAUUGCAGGAAUUGGUUGAAAUUGUUGAUGCAACAAGGAAUGUAAAGGCUAAUGUUUGUGUUAAGGUUUUUAAAAUCUUCAUCUAAAAAUUAGGUCAUACAUCUUUAGUUUCAGUUUAUGCAUAACAGCAUCAACAAAAGUCAUGAUUUGUUAAGUUCUCUUGAUGUUGAUGUAUAUUUUCUUUUCCACAGAAAAGUAUUUGUUGGUGGACUAAGUUGGGAAACAACCACAAGUAAGUUUUCAAUGGAUUUUUUUUUUUUUCAAAUCAAGAUUAUUAAAUUUAUCCCAAAAAGUAGUUCCACUUUGUUGAAAUUAAAUGCAAUUGCAUACAUUUUUUUUUUUCACCAGAGGAUCUCAGGGAAUAUUUUGAAAAAUUUGGAGAAGUCACAAACUGCACACUUAAAACAGAUUUAGAAACAAGGAAGUCAAGAGGAUUCGGUUUUGUUGCAUUUGCCUCAGCAGAGUCUGUUGACAAGGUAUUUGUUUUUUACCUUGCACAACUUAAGGGUAUUUGCUCUAUUUAAAUUACCUCAUAGUUCAUUUUUGUCUAUGAUAGUUGUUGAACAAUAUAUUGUAUAAUGAACAAUAUAUUGUAUAAUUUCCAUUUUGAAAUUGCAUUUUUAAAAGUUUAAGACCACAUUAACUAUGAUCUUCCAUAGGUUUUAGCAGAAAAGGAACACAAAUUGCAUGGUAGAACAAUAGACCCUAAACGGGCAAAUCCUAGACCAGUCAACAAAAAAGUUUUUGUCGGUAGACUUGAUCCAGCAAUAACCGAAGAUGAAGUUAAAGCUUACUUUGAGACAUUUGGCACAGUGAGUAGAUUUCUGCUACUUUCAUCUUAAUUGGCUACUCUAAACAUUUUGCUGAGUCAUAUUUGUUAAGGAUUUGUAUUAAGAUAUAUUUAAAUCUGCCCAAAAUACAUUUUUGACAAUUGUCUUUAUUUUUCAAAAACAACAGGUUGAAAAACUGGAACUUCCUUUUGACAAAACAAAGGAACAAAGGAGGGCAUUCUGUUUUGUAGAAUUCAAAAAAGCAGCCGCCAUGAAAAAAUGCUUGGAGCAGACAAAUCACAAAAUUGGAACACAAGAGGUAUGCUUUUCUUCAAACCGGUAUUUAAACAUAAUAUAGAAUUAUUAAUAUGCUAGUUUUUUUUUUUUAAAGCUUUCCUGUGUAAAAUUUUUUGUAAUUUUCACCUUUUUUCCAUCAAGUGUAAGUUAAAAGUUUUAAAGGAUCUGAAUAAGCAAGUUAAAUUAUCCCACAGUGAAGUGCUGGCCUGAAUUAAUUGUCUACAGUUCUGGUAAAUGUCAUUGUUAAACAAAAUAUCCUGUUUACUUUUGGGAAUCAUAAGACCCACUUCAGUUUUAAAAAUGGCAGCAUGAUAAAAUGAGCUUUGUUUCCCCUGUGUAUGUUGUGCAACUGCGACUGAAGCUGAUUUUGUUCCACUUUUCCUGCAGGAGACGGAAAUGAUGGAACAAAGGAGCUCGGAGUGAUGUGGGCCGUGAGGUACCAUAAACUCUAAGUUGGUCUAUGCUCAUAAGAUAAAUGUAAACACAGUUAAUCCAUGCUUCUUUUCUUGAAAGAAAUAAUAAAGUUUACAUUUAUCCCUUGCCAAUAAAGAUAAUCAUUAAAUGCUAACAAAAGAUCAAUUUCAUGGAUUUAAUUUUUUUCUCUCAUUGCCAAACAGGUGCCUUUCCAAUUUGUUUUUCCUUUUUUGAUGGAUUCCAAGCUAAUUGACCAGAAUUUCCUGAUUUUUUGAGAAUUUAAUCAUAAAUGUUAAACUGUAUUUCCCCAACAAUUUUCUUACACAACUUUUCAGUACUAGUACAAGAAGAUUUGGGACAGUGCUUUUUGGAUUUUUUAAGAGAAGAGAUGUUGGUCCUUUAUUAUUUUUUAAUAGCUUCAUUUUUUGUUCUUUCAAAUAUUUUUUCAGGUUCAUGCUUAAAUUUCUCUUAAUAAUUUCUAUCAUAUUGUAAGGGCUGAGGCUUUCCAGUUAAUCGCUAUUUUGCCAAUCCAGUGCUGGGGUUUUGUUCCAGAAGUUGGUAGUUGUAGCUUUUGCAUGUUGAAUUGUAAUUUUAAAUUGUAAGACUAUGCAAACUGAGUGUGUUUUCACUUUGAAUUUGUUGUAUUGGGGUGUUUUUCAAUGGUAAUAUUUAAUAAAACUGUUCAGUUUGCAAGGUUUUAUGACCCUGUUGAUUUCAUAAAGGACCAACUUAAUAUAAUAAUACCUCUUGUUUUGUUUUCUGUCCCGAAUCUCUUUGUGCUCUGUUAAGUGAUAUAAUGCGUAUAAAUGGGAUUUAAAGCAUUCUUUUUCAUUAUCUAGGUUGAAGUGAAGAAAGCAACUCCCCCCGGUGGAGCUAAUGUAAGAGGUGGUCCAAGGGGUCGUGGAUUUGGGCCUGCUGGGCGAGGCGGUCGUGGUGGAAGAGGUGUGCAUUUUUUAAACUUCACUUUUAAAAAUUUUAAGAGUCAUAAUUCUAGUGUUUUAAACAUUUGAUUUCAUAUCAUAUUUUCUGUUUGGUAUUAAUUUUUAUAAUAAAUUUGUUUUACCUUAUAUUACAGGUGGCUUUCAAGGAGGAUAUGGUUACAAUCAAGGUUAUGGGUACGGCUAUGGCGGAUAUCCUGGCUAUGAUCAGGGAUAUGGUUAUGGCGGAUAUGGAGGCGAUUACGGAUAUGGAAGUGGUUACGGUGGAUAUGGCGGAUGGAAUAACGGUGGAUAUGACCAGAGUUAUGGUUAUGGAUAUGGUGGUGAGUAAUUUGACUUCGAUGAUGAAGGGUGGGAUGAUUAAUUUUGUUUUGUGAAGGGUGGGUUAUUUUUUUUCUCUUUCUGUUAAUGAUAAUGGCUAAAGGUGCCUGUCCUUUCUCUUAAAAUUUAAUUAUUAUAUAUCGUUAUGUUAAGACACUAGCAUGCUUAAGUAUGUUCAGGAUCGAUGGCACAGACUUAAUAUGUUGAUCGCAACUUGGCUGUACUGGUUGUCAAGAUCAUGGAGUUGUCAAGGUUCAUCUAUAUGUGUGGCAUGGACUUGGUGUUGUGGAUGAAUAGGAAUAUUUAGGUUUUGAGUUUUAAUUUUAAAUCUCUUUAACCUUGCUGUUCUUUUUAUAGAUCAUACCCAUAAUUUAAGUCAACGGAAAUUAUCUUCUUUGUAAACUGACAUAGCCCCCUUUUUAGUUACUUAUUAUAGUGUGGCUUCUUCUAUUAAAACAAACAGCUUUCUUCCAGAGCAUUUUAAUAUUAAACACAUAAAUAUAUGAAUGUUUUCCUUUAGAGUUGAAUAAACUAUAUUUGGGGAAUGGAUUUCUCUUUUGAUUAAUUUUAUCUUGUUUUAAAAGGAGCCUGUCAUGUUAUCUAGAUAUCUAGUUAAGUUUUAGGAAAGAUCAUUGUGUGAACUCUGUUGUGUUUCACGAAGUCGGCUCAGACAGAUUUUUAGCUUUUAAUUAUAGGAGUUCAACACCCUUUUCUUGCUUUUCAUUGUUGGAUACUGGUUACAUGAUUGAUAUAACUUAAAAGCAUCCUUUUAGAUGGCCAACCCAGUUAACAUUAGUAGCAAUUACCUGGUGAUGUCACUAGUAAUUUCGAUGUAUCAUUUACUUUUGCUUAGAGAAUGGGUCCCACUACAAGUUAUGAAAUGCACCACUAAAUUUAAAAAAAUUAAUGAUGGUUGUUUAAACACUAGUUUUUUUUUUCUUUCCCAAAAUUUCCCUUUUAAUAUCUUAACUGAUGUAUUAAGUUGUAGAAUUUUAAUAAAUUUGAUAGGUGAGUCAAAUCUAAAGGUUUUAACGAGUUUCAUGUGUUAUGACUAAAGUCUGAUGUGUGAGUGCGCACGCUGUGGAUAUUUUUGAAAGGUUUACUAGGCAUAAAGUUUUUAAUUUAUAUGUUGCCUGGUUAGUUUUGCAACAAUUGUAACAGUUUUAAUUUAUAAUUUUAAAGGUUAUGAUGAUUGGGGCUAUGGACAGGGAGGAGGUGAGUGAAUCAACCGUGCUCGUAUUGAUCAUCACUCCAUCCUGAGCAUGGGAAUGCUUAUAAAGAAUAAUCAUCUAUUUUAUAUGGUGCUGAUUAUGUUCAGUGGUUUUGAAAACCCUCAGUAUACUGCAAAUUUAAGCAAAUGUGUUUUUGGGUGUCUUGAUAUCUCAGUAAAAAUUUUAAAUACCUUUUCUAAUAGGUUUUUUUUUUUUGGCUAAGCAUUCCCAUGUUAUUGGGUUUGAUCAGAUUCUGACAGUAAGAAUUAGAUUACUUUAAUUAUAUUUCAGAAUUUAGUUUUUAAUUUACACCAUAUUAAAUAUGGAUACUUCGGACAAUUUUGGUUCCCUAGAGAUCAGCUUUCCUGAUGUAAUUUAGAACAUCGUGUAAUCUAAUUCUUAGUGAUAUCUAGCUGGUCAAAUUUUACCCAGAAAACCAAAGGUCUCUUGAUUGUGGUUUUCUAGUUUGUUGUCAAAGCUUGUUUUAAUUUAAAAUUUAAAGUGAUUUAUUUUAUCAAGCCAUCAGAUAUUGUUUCAUAUUUUAAAAGAUGGUUUUACAGUUUUGAAAUUUUGUUAGCGUUUUUUUGUUUCUUUUGUGUGUUUGCUAUGGUUAUUUAAUGCUUAAUUUUUUUGUAGCUAACAUCUGUUUUUUUUUUUUUUUUUUUAGAAAUAAAAAGAUUUUGUACAUGAAGAAUUCGUUCAUUUCUUUUUUUAAAAGAUGGUUUUACAGUUUUGAAAUUUUGUUAGCGUUUUUUUGUUUCUUUUGUGUGUUUGCUAUGGUUAUUUAAUGCUUAAUUUUUUUGUAGCUAACAUCUGUUUUUUUUUUUUUUUUUGAGAAAUAAACAGAUUUUGUACAUGAAGAAUUCGUUCAUUUCUGUUACUCAAUAUAUUUAUGUGUGAUCCAAGCUACAUAGGUACUUUCUGCUGUAUAUGUUCUUGCCGGUCUACAAAAGUAGUUUUUGUCCAAAUUUAAAAAUGCAAUGAGAAGUUCGAAAAAUUCAGUUAAGCUGCUAGUUUGCGUCCUGUCUGUGAUAAGAUCUGAAGUAGUCUCAAGUAUAGCAAUUUAAAAAAGAUUUUUGUUGUACGGUGUUGUGCUAGUAAAUCAGUCUUUCUUUAUGCUCUUAAAGUUCAUUGAAGUUAUUUGAAUUCAGAUUCUGACGAUCUCUUAAAUGAAAAAAUUAAAUUUGUAUUCCUAUUUGCGUAUUUGGAUGUGAUUUUUGGUUAAAUGUAAAAAAAAAAAAUUCUAACAGAUUCUUGAUUUCUUUGACAGGUCAGUCAAAUUACGGUAAAGCGCAAAAGAGAGGCGCAGCUCAUGGAGGCUAUCAUCCUUACAAUCGCUAGGCAGGGUAGAUAUUUCUAUUAUUUAUUGUUAACUGCCCCUGUCACUUCUACUUGCCUUUGUUGAGUACAGUGCAGUUAGCUAAUAUUUUAUUGUUCAAUAUUGAGGAUAUGUUUCUAUUCUAUGGUCUGCUAAUUAAGUCUGCAUUGUUAUAAAUGUGGGCACUGUGUGUAGACUAGUGGAUUGCACUUACGUGUAACCUGAAGCGAUUCUUUGUAAAGGGCUUAUUUUCAAUAACUAAUACCCUCAAACUUCAGUCUUCUUUAUUGACGUAAAAGAUUUCUGUUAGGCUUAUGUAGUACGUGUCUGCCUGCCCCUUUUACUGUCAGUAAGGAGGAUUGCACAUGUAGCACUAACUUUUGAGUCUGUCUCCAUUCCGUGUAGUCUCUUUUCAGUAGAACAGUUAUAUGUGGGUAAUAUUGUUUUAGUUCUAGUUCUUUUGUGGUUCUAUUACAGUGGGACGUAAUCUAGCAGUGCUUUUUUAAGAUUGUCCUUUUUGUUAUUUUAAUUAUAUUUAUAUUGCCUGCAUUGUAACAUAGAAAUUUUUCUUUCUAAGAUAUUGUAUAUUUUAAUUUAAUUUUGGGGGAUGACUGGGUUUAAAGAGCGUUUAUUUUGUAUAUAUGUAGUGGGUUGCGUCAGUGCAUGUUAUUAUUUUUAGUUUUUCAUGUAUCAAAGAUGAUGUACUUAUUUUAGAUGCAUUUCUUUUCCUCUUGUAUCGGUGGCUUUUUAAAGGUCAAUUUUUUUUCCCCCAUGAGCAUUUCUUAUAUAAGGAAACACUAGUACUUGCACAGUGUUUGUGCUGGACAAACUCAAGAUAUAGCAUAUAGAUACUAGUCAUACAGUCAUGUUUGAGGAUAAUAAAUCAUGGGCAUUGCGUGUUCAUUUUUUCAAAAUUGUAUUUUAAAUUUUUUUAGAAAUUGCUUUGAGUCAGAAUGCAUUUUUAUUAUGCAGUUUGCAGAAUAUUAUGUGCCUUGGUACAGCAAUGUGAAAUUUAAGCAAGUGCAGAUAACGCAAAUCAAAGCAUCCAAAUAAGGAAUAUUUUUCCAAUACAUGUUCUUGAAAUUGUGCCUUGCACUCAUAAAGACUGAUUUAAAACUAAAAUGAAAAAAGCACUUACCUUGAUUUAGCACAGCGGUUCUCAAUCUGUGGGUCACGUCCCCCUUUGGGGUCGAAUGCCUGUCACAGAGGUCACCUAAGACCAUCGGAAAACACACAUACUCCAGUUAUGAAGCAGCAGCUUAAAUCAUUUUAUGGUUGGGGGUCACCACAACAUGAGGAACUGUAUUAAGGGGUCGCCGAAUUAGUAAGGUUGAGAACCACUGAUUUAGCAUAAUGUAAAAUUUUACCAUUAAACAUGCAAUUUAUUUACUGUCAAUAUUAUUAUAUAAAUGUCAGCCUGUAACUUAAGGUAUAGUUCAAAGUUAUAUCCAGUUAUGCUCUAAAAGUAUUCUUGUUUCUAUUUCUUUUCAGAUUACUAGGUUCUAGAGGUGGUGUAGGUCAUGUCUUUGUGCUGAUAGAUUUUUGUGGAUUUUUAUCACAUCAUUUAAUGUCAAUUCAUUUCUAUAUGUUUUACUGUAUUAAACAUCCAUCUUUUUUAUUUUCUUCUCUUGUUGUUAUUGCAUUUGUUUGUUUUGAAACAUGUUAUAUGAGAUGGGGAAAGUUUUUACUUCCAACUUAUUAAAAUUCUGUGCCCCAACAAGACACCUAUGAUAGAUUAAUAAAUAUGUAUGGA